AAUGGAUGAAACUCUGGCUGCGCAUUCUUUCCAUCAAAAGCUCAGUUAUAGAGGGGAAGGAGAUGGAGAUCUCGAUCCUAGAGCACACUUGUGCAUGAUAUGUUGUUGCAGAUAGAUUCUUAAAGCUAUUACAAUUUUCGUUGUGUCAUCAAGAGAUUGUGUUAUAUGAAAUUGUGAUCGGAAUUCACCUAUGUUUUGGGCGAAGAAUUUGCGUCCUUAACCCAGCAAUUUUUCAUUUUCAGUUUGGAAGCGAGUUUCAAUUCCAUGACAUCGUACCCUGCAAGGUAAAUGUAACCCUACAUGUGUAUUUUUAAUGCUACCAUUAAUUUGUUGAAUUAUUUGAACUUUGAAAGAAAAAAAAAAUAGUGAAUUAAGUAAUGUUUCCACAUCCACAUCCGUGAAAGAGAACGUCUGGAUAUCUUUAUUUUUUUUUUAUCAGGUGUUGAGAUUGAGAUUUUUUUUAAAGGCCAAUAAAAAUUAUAUAAAUAUAGAGAGAAAAAUACAGAGAAGGAGGUUGGCACUAGAGGUGCCAACAGCCCAUACAAAUACAUGGUUCCAUAGCCAACGAGACUAAAAGAAACCGAGAGCUAAAUUAGACAGCAAAAAACUAGGAAUCACAAAAAUUAACCAGCAUCCUACAGCCCUUGAUCCCUGGAAAACAAACAACAUUAGCACCAAAGACCAGAAGAGUAGAAGCUAGGCCCUCAAUAACAUUCAAGCAGCAUUUGCAACAUUUGCAGUACCACACAGGUUCCAUCGGCAAAAUGAGAGACACUUUCCUAGCCGUGAGUAAUGUUGACAGCAAAAUGGAUAAGAGGUCCAGAAUUAUAUCAGAAGAAUAAACCAGUAAAAUAGUUACCAUGAUUGAGAUUAGUUGAUAUUAGUUGCAUUCCUGUGAAAAUCCAUGAGAAAUAACGCUAUAUUGUCAUGCUCAUAACAUUAUUUUAGUAUAGUUAAAAUAUCUUGAGAUAGUGAUAUUUUUCUUGGAAAAAAUUGAUCUUUCAAGAAAAGAUGAUCAUCAUUUAGUUCUUUGAGGGAAUUGUGUUUUGUAUAAACAUGCUUAUUUGUGGUUAUGUUUUCCAAAGAAAACAUUGGUCUUUCUUUUGAAAGAUGGUUGUUUCUUAUAUGAAAAUGGUGUUUCAUGUGAAUUGCAAGACAUGUUUGUAGUUUCAAUGUGGAUAUUAGUUGAUAUUAGUUGUGUUUUGUUAGAAGACACAAUGUGAAUAUAUACGUAAUAGCCUGAAAAUGAUGGAAUAUUAUGUUAUGAUGUGCACUGAACUUGCACACUAAUGCUUGUGAUUAUGCUAAAAAGAUUUUUAGUUAUAUAGUCGUUAAUGAAUUAGACUUUUAUUGGUUUAUCUUCGGUCAUUCACGACUCUUAGUUUACUUUAUCAAGUUAUUAUGACGAUUGUUAUUGAGUUAUGUAUAGUGGCCACAAAACUGUUCAACUCGAGAGCAAUUUUUAAAAUAAUAUAACACAAUUAAUAUCACUCAAGUGGGAAAUGUUAUAAUGUUGUGGGUUUGAGUUUCUAUUAUUUAUAGAUUUUGAUUCAAUAAAACAGUUUGAGUUGAUAAUUUGAUUCUUUCUCUGAGAGCUCAUGAAAUUAUUUGAUCUAUUAUGGGUUUGAGAAUUACUAUGUAAAUAUUUAUAUUUAUUAGGCCUAAGCCCAAUUGUUAAGUGGGUUGGAUUAUGAUGUAGGGCCAAGUAAGUGACCUAGGACCAUAUGAAUGGAAACUAUAGAGCCAUUUAUAUCAUAUAAAUGGUCAAGAUCACCUCGUUUCUCUUUAACUCUCGCUGCACCGAGGAGAAGAAGAAGGAGCAUAAAAUCUUGAUCCUAUAUAUAAUAUAAUAAUAACUAUGGUAUCCAUCCAUCAUGUGUUUCAGUCACUUACUCGAACCCGCACCAUAAUUCAACACACUUAUCAAUUGAGCUUAAGUCUAAUAAAUCUAAAUAUGUACAUGGUGAUUCCUAAACUCAUAAUCGAUCAAAUAAUUACAUGUGCUUUCAAAGGAAAUAUCAAGUUAUUCAUUCAACUUUUUUUAUUAAAUUAAAAUUGACAAUCAAGACCAAACACAUAAAAUAUAACAUCCACUUGAGCAAUAUUGUUUGAGUUUAUUAUUUUCAAAACCAUUAAAAAAUUGACUCUUUGGGUGAAUAAAUUCGUGGUAACUGACAUAACUUCCUAACUAUCAUCACAAAAAUAUGAUCAGAAUACUUAAUGAAGUCAAAAUCUAAGAGGCACUAGAGUUUUUUUUACCCGUGCGUUGCACAGUGAAGUUUAUUAUUGUAUUUAAUAUACCAAUCAAUACUUUGAUUAUGAAAAAAUUGAAAUACUAAGAAUUAAAAGCAUCAUAAUUUUUUUGUUAUAUCGGAAAAUUAAAACAAUCAUAAUAAGAAUGAAGAUAUUUUAAAAAUAUAAAUUGUGAAAUUUAAUUAUGGUAUUUUGUACUCAUACAUGACAUCCAAUUAACACAUAUAAAGACAAUCAUCCACCACAUUAUUGACUCUUGGAAAAAACAAAUUAGAAGAAAAGAAAAAAAAGUACAAUGAAAAUAUAUUGUAACAAAAAUAAAAAUACUAUUAAAAUUUAUUUUUGUAUUAAUUUUUAUGUAGAAGUAUUUUUAUGAAAAAUGUUCUUCCACGGAGAGUUUUUACCUUGUAAAGAUAUUUCCACACUUUGGGAGGUUAUCUAAUCAUGUACUCUUGUGGAUGAUCCAUAAUUUCUAUUUAAUGGGAUUGAAGUUUAGAAAAGAAAAAAUUAAAAAUUUUUCUAAAGGAAAAAGCUUACUUCAAGUUCUUUAUGUUAUUUUUGUUAAGUUCUUGAUUCAAACAGUGACAAUUGGAAUUUUUUUUCUAAAAAUAAAUAAUAUUUAUUAAAAAUUAAUAGUGAAAUUUAAAAUAAUUGAGCACUUGUCACUCCAUGAUAGGAGAACUUGAUGAAAUUUAUAUAAAGAACGUGACCAAAUUCAUGUUUCUACAAAGAUUAAAACUAAAAAAAAAAUAGAAAAGUUAAUAUAUUAAUUAAUACCAUAAAGAAUAAUUUAAGAACACCAAUAAAAAUACUUCAAUUUCUAGAUGUAAUAGUAUUCUUCGACGAUUUUUGUGGGAGAAAAUUUAAGUGAGGAAAAACCAGUAGCUGAAGGGGGAUUGGGGGUGCGGGACUGGAAAACCUUCAAUUGGGCUUUGGUUGGGAAAUGGCGCUGGCGGUUAUUGAGGGAGGAGAACAAUUUGUGGUGUCGUAUUCUAAAAGAAAAGUAUGGUGGAGUUGUAAAACAGAAUGAUUCUAUUUGGUGGAAGGAUAUGAUGACAAUUUGUGCUGAGAAAAACUGGUUUUUUGACUCUGUUUGUCGACGAAUUGGUAAUGGAAAAAGAGUGUUGUUUUGGGAAGAAAAAUGGUGGGGUGCUGAAGCACUGAAGGAUAAAUUCCAGCGCUUAUUUAUUCUUUCUUCCUAGAAGAAGGCCACGAUAUUUGAGAUGGGUGAGUGGGGCGAUAAUGGGCGGAGUUGUGUUUUUACUUGGACUAGAGAUCUGCUUGAUAGAGAAAUUGCUAAGAUGGAGGAACUGAAAAUGUUAUUGAGGAGCUUCUCACCAAAAAUGGAAUGUCAGGAUCAUUGGUGUUGGUUGAAGGAUGGCUCUGGUACCUAUAAUGUUAAGUUCGCUUAUGAAACGUUACAAGAUGCAGCAGUGGCUGUAGAAGGAAAUGUUUUUAGCAGAAUUUGGAAGACUAAAACUCCAUCUAACUCAUGUGCAGUGGCUUGGAGAAUCCUUCUCAAUUCAAACUAAGGCUGAUUUAGCAUAUAGAAAUGCUAUAUAUACCUUCAAAUAGUGGGUUGGAGUGCGGCUUAUGUCUACAUGACGUGGAAAAUUGCUCUCAUCUCUUCUUUGAAUGUCAGGUGAGUUGGAAGGUGUGGAUGCGAGUGUGUAAUUGGUUUGGUGUCUUCACAGCUAUGCAUAAGAAACCUCAGGAGAAUUUUAUACAAUUUUGUGCGGUUUGGGGGUCUGGCCUGAGUCUUUCCAGGUCUUUGGCCCUUAUCUGGAUUGCUACUGUGUGCGCAAUAUGGUACCAUAGGAAUAAUUCUGUGAUCAGAGGAGCAACAGUGGAAGUGGAUAGGAUCUUUGAAUCAAUUCAGUUCAGGUCAUGGCUUUGGCUAAAAGCUAAGGUGAGGGGAUUUUCUGUAUCACACUAUGAUUGGAUAACUAAUCCUAUGUAUUGCUUAAACUUGGUGGGAGAAUGAAAGGGACAAAUUCAAUUUCAAUAUGCUGAGACCAUUUUUCUGUCUUGGAAUUUUGAAGUCCUAUUUUGUGGCUGAUUGAGCAGGAAAGGUUAUAAUAUCUGUUUUAACUGGGUGAUGGAAUUAUGCUCAUACGUUUCUAUUUGUUUUGUUCUGAUGGAGUAUAUGGUUGGUUUUCAAAAGCUGUGAAGGUGGUGGAGGAUUUUAUCUUGUGGUGAGGUUAUGGGGAGAGGAAUUAUUGGUUUUGCUGUACUGUGUAAAUUGUUCUAAUGCAGGUUGCUCGUUGUGUUAGUAUUUGGAGAUGUAAGGCAUAUGUUCUAUAUUGGGUUGGUGGCUGAAUAUGUGGUAGGAGACCAAUCUGCAAUGUUUAGGUUAAUAUAUCACUUGUCUUUGAUCCUCUGUGGAGCUCAAUUAUGCACAUGAUGAUUAUUUCUACUUAGCAUAUUCGAAUGAGCUUAUUGGUAGUUGACUAGGAUACUGAUGUACCUUACUUAUGUUGUAUUUACUCUUUGGAAGUGUCGUUCUUGAUCUUAGUGAGAUACUCUUUUUCCUUCACUAGGUUUUCCCAAGGGGGUUUUUAUCCUAGUAAGGUUUUAAUGAGGCCUUUUACUAAGAUCUCUCUUCCUUGGAGGGGUUGGGGGUGCGUUAGUCUAGGCUCCUUGCUAUGUUCUCAGUAAGGUUGUCAUUAUCAUGUAAUCUUAUCACACUUUUAUCUCUUUGUAUUGAGUUGAAAUACCCCUUGUACUUCCAUUCAAUAUACUUUAUAUUUGCCUAUCAAAAAAAAAAUCAUAGCCUACAAAAGCUCGGAAUCUUAAACUACCAAUCCUAAAACCUAUAACUUGGAACCAAUGUUCUGAAAACCGGACUAGUCAUCAAACCAGUUGAGGCACUGGUUUAAGGAUUAAAGGUUGAACCGGGGUCGAACCGUAUUAACUUAAAUUUUAUUUGUUUAAUAAUAUAUAUAAGUUAGAAAAAAAAAUAUUCAUGAAUAUUAUAAAUUAAAAAUGAGACAAAUAAGAAAAAUAAUUUCUAACAAUUCUGAACUUUUGAUUUUUUAUCUUCCUCUAAUUCCAUUUAGUAGAAUUAAGUCUUUUUGAAAUUGUGUCAAAAAAGUUUUCUUUUUUGAAAUUGUACAAUUAAGUUAACGGGGGAUCAAAGCAAAAAUUUGAAAAAAAAAAACUUAAGAAAUUAGUUAGAGUGCUGGAUGCCUAGAAAUAAGGGAGCAUUUAAUUUUGAAUUUAGUACUUAAAUUUUAGCAAUCACAUUCAAAACCAGAAAAGACUCUUUCCAUCGUGUUUCCUUCUCUGCUACUGUGCAAAUGGCAAAUUCAUUUCAAACUCUUCUCUCCCCCCUCCCCACCCAUGUUUUCCUUUUUUCCCCUGCUACUCUCAUCUCCUCUUGGAAAAGAAACUGAUGAAACGUGAAAGACCUCUAGAAGCUCAAAGCAAACAAAUAUGUAUAAUGAUGAAGAAACCCAACUUUUUCUUGAUCUAAGGGUGAACCGGUUCAACCUUUUAACCCGCCGGUUUUUACGUUUUUCACCCGGUUCAAACAGGUUUUGACCGGUUCGUGAUCAGUACGGUUCUACUACCAUAUCUGACCGGUCACCUCACCAGUUCUCGGUCCUACCGGUUGAACCGGCCGGUCCGGUCUGAUUUUCUGAAAUAUGCUUGGAACACAUCAAAUAUUCUCCUUGUUGUACAUGCCUCAUUCUCCUUCCCAUAUUUGUAAGUCUCCCACCGGAAGUGCCCCAUUAAAGCUCAAGUAGACUAUGAAUAGAUGCACGUCAAAUCAGCACAGUCAUCAUUCAUCAUUCUAAUAUUGGACGCAGGAACCCAUCAGGAAAAUCCUUGAUAAAUUUUCAGCUCGUGAAGACACAUUUAGGAAAUAUUGCAAAAAGCCUUUGAUAGAAAAAAAAAAGCAAAUAACUCAUGACUGUUCUAGAUACUCAUCUUUUAGAAAAAAAAAUUAAUUAACUUAAAAGGGACAUGACAAAUGAUCAAAGGUCCUUCAGUUAUAUUAUAGACAUCUAGUUCAAAUCCAUGUCAUUUACAACUGGGCUGAAGAUGGUACAAACAACAGAGAAAGAUUGAAAAAAAUCAUAUUAAGAAGGAGAGGAAGAUAAAAUUGAUUGAGGAGUUGAGAAUUUAACCAAACAUUCACAUAGACCUGUCAGAGGAAAAGGAAUUUGAAAUCUUCAAGCGCACCACGGAACUCAAAGAGAAUAAGGAAGUUAUCCACAAUAACUCUCCUUGGAAAUAGCAAACACAUUCUUAUUGAACAAUGAGUGGCCAAAUUUAGAGUGCAAAUAUUAAUUGAAAAAAAUGCCUCCAAGAAGCUCUGCUAGGGUUCCAUACCCUCUUGUAGCUAAAAGGUCAGUGGCAGCUCAAUCUUGCUGUAGAGGCUCACGACGAGGAGUUGUUUCGGUGCAACCAGAGGGAGAGGCGGACGAUGAUGAAGAUGGGGAAGCAGCUCAUGGUGACGAUGGGGACAGUCGAACCUACACCACAAUCUUCAUCAAUGGUAUAUCAGCGAAGAUCGGAUAUCAUCAGAUCAAAAACUUAUUCGCGCAACAUGGAAAGCUCGUGAAUGUCUUUGUUCAGUGAUUGAAGAAACGAGGAAGAAGGUUUCGAUUUGGAUUCGUCCAUUUUGUGUCGAGAAAGCAGGCCGAUCGUGCGAUCGAUCUCCUCAAUGGUGUGAGGAUGGGUGGGGCUUAUUUGGUGGUAGCUUUGGCAAGGUUCCCUUUUUAUGGCUCUUCAGGUUCGAGAGCUCACGAUGUCGGUGGGCAUUUUUCGCCCAGGAAAAAGGAAGGACACGCUGAACAGAGACAAUUUCGAAAAGAGGUGUUGUCGGAUCCACCAUCAAAAUCGUGGUGCGAUGUGCUGCUCGGGAGGAAAUCAGAAAGUAACUCAGCGCCGACGGUGACCGUGACGACAAAGGAUUGCAUUUUCGAAGAUCAUUAUAGUCAGGAUGAACUGUGUUCUAUAUCCCAUGACAUUUACAUAUUCCCAGAGCUUUCUUUAGGUGCUUGUUGGAAGGAGGAUGGAAAAUUGCUAUUGGAUAAAGAUGAGGAGUUUACUGAGGUUGGGAAAAAAGGAAAUCUGUCGAAGGCUUUUGUUGGGGGUGUUGCCUUAAUUCCUCUCGUUUAUAGGGUUGAUGUUGAAUUUGGGGUUAAAGCUUUUGUUUUUUGCAAUGGGAAUUUAUUAUUUAAUCUGAAGCUGUCUACAAUUUUGGGAGGCUGGGUUUUUGAUCUUUUUGUUAGAGGUGAGAUUGAAGAAUUGUUCUCCAUGUUCUCUCUUCAUGUGCCCAGGUCGAUGCGUUUGCUUAUUGUUUCUAGCGCUAGUUCACUUUCUUCAACUGAAGCUUCAUUUGUAUCAAUUGAGCCUCAUACCUGUAACAAACAGGCCGAGGUCUCUUCGCUGUCGUCAGCUAUUGUUAUUCCAGGCGAGAAUCAUGGUGUGGAGGUUGAAGGCUCUUUGGAUGGCAUGUCUCGAGAGCCCAAGAAACUAUGGCCGGCUUAUGUGGUUGGAGGCCAUGUAAACUCAGAAGAAUUGGCUAGGCUGAAUCUUAUUCGCGUUGUGAAUUCCGAGGGAGUCGAGAGUGUUAACUGUUUGGGACAUAGUCUCGACGACAUGGAUUUCUUUUCUUCGUCCAUUCCGUUCGGUUUGGAUGAAACUAUUCAUUGCCUCAUGGAUCAUCCUUCUUUUUCGGGUGCAAAAAACGCUUUGGGUGAAACUCCUUUGGGUAAAGAUGCUAAAUCUUUUAAUGGUUUGGAAACAUCGGGUUCUAAUCGCCUUUGUCGAGGCCGCGAUGCUCCAAAGAAAAUUAAGCAGCGACGAAAACCACAGGUUGCUAUUGCUCUUGACCCGCAAUAUCAAUUUGGGGUCUUGACGUGCGCUAGGAAGGCUAAAUUAUUAGCUCAAGGGUUGGGAGUUGUAUUUUAGAAUUUUAGAAGUUAAGGGGUUUUUUGAUUUUGAUAAUAAGGGCUUUUCCUUUGUGCCUCAGUUCUAUUUUUAAAGGUUGUUGGAAUUUGUAUUUGGCUAUUGCUGGCAGCGGCGUGGAGGUGUUUCAAGGCCUUUAGAUUUUCAGUCUUCGGCAUUCCCUUGAGGUAUCUGUUUUGGUUUUUCCCCUGUUUGGUGCGGUUUGUAAGUUGGUGCUGCUAUGUCUGUUUGGAUGCUAAUGGAGCGUAUUUUCUGCCUCUUUUAUGAUUACGUUUUCAUGUAUCUGUUUUAAUUACCCAUUAUGUUUAAGUUUCACUUUUCUUUUUGCCUCUAGGCAAUGUUCUAUUUCUUUUUAUUUGAACCUUUGCUCCCUUGGAAGAGUUUGUUUCCAAGGCUUAUCUUUUUAUCUAAUAUAUGUUACUCUUUUCGAAAAAAAAAUAUUUAUCAACAUGUGAAGUUACACCUUUAAAAGGUGAACAUCAGCUAAAUUCAUUAGAAGGGGACACAUGUAUUAAGAGACCAUGAAAUUAAAUGAGAACAAAAUGCAUGAUGGAGUGACACAUCAGUAAAUAGUUCUCAUAACUCUUGCUCUUUUACAAAGAAGAAAAUGAUAUAAAAAAAGGAAUAUAAGCUCCAAUAGCAAAAAAAAAAAAUGUAGAAUAGAAAAUAAAGCAUAUUAACUUGUUGUGGAGAAUUCAAUUCACUAAGAUAUACUUAACAGGGCAAGAACUAUACACAAUGAAAUUGAAGGUGAAAAAAAUAUGUAUAAAAGAUAGCAUUGCCAGCAUGGCACUACCUAUGUUAACAAUUUUAGCCAUAUUUGACAUAAAAAUAUAAUGAAGCAAAUUGAAAAAGCACCUUAAUUGAAAGGCAAUUGAGGUAAGGAGCUAAUGUGCCUCAAAGAAUUGUUUAUCACAUUAGUAUCCAUGAUAGUUCUUAAUAAACUGCAUUGGCUAAUUUUAGUGACAGCUAACAUUCUUGAUAAACUUCAUUGGCUAAUUUCACUUGCAUAUUUGGAUGGAAAGUAACAUCUCUUCCUUGAAAAGCCAGAAAGUAUAGCAUUCGAAGAACAAUUCCCAAACUUCUCACAUUUCUCUAUGGACUAAGCUCGUAUGGGGUGCAGGAGGGGGAAGAUGAACGCGACGAAGAGGUAGAAGUCAGGGGACUCGGGCUUUGAAUGUGAAACGUCGGUGGCAGCGACUCGGUGGUGGGCGAGGAAGGUUGAAAGAAGACUCUUGAGGAAGAAGAGAGGAAAUCGGAGGAAAAUUGCAGAAAAUGAGGAUUCCUUGCCGUGGGGAGCUGGGAAUGAGAGGAUGUUGCGAAGGGAGUCAUGGAUAGUUAAAUAAAAGGUCUGAUAAGAUGUGUUUUUUUUUUGAAAGUAGAUAAGAUGUGUUUAAAAUGAUAGAAAUGCUGGAAAUUUGGGAAAAAUGAUAAUGUGUUGCACGUGAUAAUUGUGGAUGGAAAUUUGGGUUAAUACUUAAUAGUGGGUUGGGAAAGAGAGUUGAAUUUGAAAUUUGAAUUGCAUUCAAAUUAGUUUGGUUGAGAGAAAAGUGGAGAAAAAUAGUGAGAGAUUGAAGGAAGAUAGAAGACGGAAUUAAUGAGGGCGUUAGUGAGAGAGAGAAAGAGAAAGAAUGAGUUAGUGAGAGAGAGAAUAAGGUGUAGGGACUAAAUAAAAUAUUCGAAAAUAAUAGGCUAGGGGCAGAUGUCACAUUCUGGUGCAAUGAGAAAGGAAUAAAAUAUUAGAAAAUAUUCCUAUGAAUGACAACUCAUGAAUAGGGUGGUUCUUUUUCUCUCUGUCGUGGCGGAUUCGGUGGUGUUGUCAUUUAUAGGAAUAUUUCCUAAUAUUUUAUUCCUUCUCCAUUACACCAGAAUGUGACACAUGUCCCUAGCAUAUUAUUUUCAAAUAUUUUAUUCAGUCCCUCCACCCUAUUCACUCUCCCACUAACUCAUUCAUUUUCUUUCUCUCUCUCCCACUAAUGCCCACAUUAAUUCCAUCUUUCAUCUUCCUUCAAUCUCCCACUAUUUCUCCAAAUUAUUUUAACUCUCCACCAUUCCCUCAACCAAUCAAAUCUGGAUGCAAUUCAAAUUUCAAAUUCAACUCUCUUUCCCAGCCCACUAUUGAGUAUUAACCCAAAUUUCCAUCUAUAAUUAUCACGUGCAACACAUUCUCAUCUUUCCCAAAUUUUCAGCCUUUCUAUCAUUUUAAACACAUUUGAUCUGACCUUUUAUUGAACUAUCCAUGACUCCCUUCGCAACAUCCUCUCAUUCCCAGCUCCCCACGCCAAGGAAUCCUCCUUUUCUGCGAUUUUCCUUCGAUCUCCUCCUCUCUUCUUCCUUGUUGGCGAAGUCAUUAUGGGUUUGAAGGACGUGGUUGAGUGUGACCUUGGGUGUAUGGCACGGUGCUUUCACUGGCGGUUGUUUCGUAGAUUUGGCAAGGUAGAGCAGUUCCAAGGAGUGGGUGGGUCAUGCUAGGAUGGAGGCGCUUGUGGUUUUCAUUGGUAUUUUUGGCGAUGGUUGUUGUAGUGGCGCUCCUGCUUCUAAAUUGGUGAGGCAGAGCAGAUUGAUGUUGGGCCUGAAUUGUUGGUAUUUUUGUUCGUUCGCCUCUAUUUCAGUGUGCAUCUUGCUGGGUCGUUCGAGCUCAUGUUUACUUCACGUUCUCUUUGAAGUUGCUCCUUUGUGUUUAGGUGCUUCUCUCCAGAUUUUCAGUCAUUCUCUAUAUGUCGUCCUCUCAGCAAUGGUUUGAUGUUUGUUCUAGGUCCUUGGGUGGGUUAGGUUUUUGGGUUGGGUAUCUGUUUUCGCAGGUUUCGUGCAACUUUUGGUAGGUAUUUGUUGUCGUUGUUUUACGAAUUCGAAUAGAGACCUUUCUCUGUGGGGUUUGGUUCUCACUUUGGAGGUUUUUGGUGGUGCUGUUAAAGCAUUUCUCUGUGCUAGUGGAUUUUGUGUUUGUGGGUUUUUCCCAACUUGUUCUUUGACUUGGUCACUUUAUCUAUAAGAGAGCUUGUUUCUCAA